AUGUCUUCAGACCAGCCAGAACGCGACGGCGAUCGCGAUCGCGACCGCACGCUGCCGCAGCGAGCCUCAUCCUCUACGUGGCGACAAGAGCACGGCACUUCGCCUGUGCCGCCAAACAGGACGAGCUCAGCCUUUCCCUGGCCCCCUCUCGCUUUUGGCGGAGGGUUACCCACCUCGUACUCUCAUGAGCGCAAAGCUUCUACAUUCGCACAUUCAUCGCCGCCCACGUCGGCAUCUGCCAAUCCGUAUGGCUUACCAGCAUCGAUGAACCCGGGUCUGCCCCCUUCUUCAUCGUCUUCCUUCGGCGAAUCAAGCAUUAGUCCUUCUUCUCCUUCAUGGCACUCAUGGCAAAGCAUCCUUCGCGAGCGUGACAACAACAGCAGUAGCAAUCGCGCUAUUCUCGGCAGCCUCUAUCAAGGUCCAGCAACAACAUCGACAAGCGGUCAUCAGAUGCAAUCUUCGGCCUCAUCCGGCUCAUCGCACACGUACAACAUUCCGCCGCAUUCCGCACAUGGCCGCGCCUAUCGUCCUCCGUCUACGGCGACGCUCAGCUCCGACUCUGGCACUGGGCACGGCACCGUGUCAUCUACGGCGGGGACAACGGGGACUUGGGCGCGUAGCCAGAAGAGUUCGCAAACGUCAUUGCCCUCCCACCCGAGCCCAUCGAUGAUGCUCUUGAAGCUGCACGAGGGACGCAAUGUCAACGUGGCGGACACCGCCUCAUCGGCUGGAUCACCCAAUACUGAUGAGAACAGCGGAACGCCAUCAGCUGCGGCGACGUUGCUCGCGGCAGGAGCGGAGCCGCGCACUUCGACUGGGCCGGAUGUCCCAGUGAGCCCGAGCUUCGGCUCCUUCUCAGAGCUACCUCGUACGUCAGAUGGGGAUCGCUCUGCGCAGGUUGAGGUUCAGCUGCACCCAUCCCCACCGAUCGUUCAGCUGCACCCAUCCCCUCCCAGAUCGGUGUCAGCUGCGGUGGAAAUGCUGGAAGAGACCGACGACCAUCUCAAGCCGACGUCUACUCCAACUUCUCAGAUUUCUGCCGUGCCGCAGCCGCCAUCCAGGUCAAGCCAGGAAAGACCACCACUCUCGCCGAUCCCCGGCUCCAUCUCCGGCAGUGACAAUCUUGCACUCCCGACCCCAACCCCGACUCGCAAGCCCAAUCUGCCCAGCACGUCAGCAGUCUCGACUCAAGGGCCCAGCGUCAACUCCCUUCGCCAACCCCAACCCUCCCCCCACAUGAGCGAGUUCAGCGUUUCCACAACUAGCACGGCCAGCGAAGAGCGACAUCGCGACGCCUUUGUGGCCUCGGCGCGCGCCAAAUACCUCGAGCUUCAGGCGCUCCAUCUCGCCGAGCUUCGGGACUACGAUCGGGUGUUUGAGCAGGAGGGCGUGCUCACGGCAAAGAAUGGGUGUGAGCAGGUGUUCAUGCCCAAACCCUCUCUGAGCGUGCAGCGCUACGACGAAAGCAGGAGGUCGAGUACGUCGGGGUGCCUUGGCAGGGACAGCGACAUGGAAGGUGGCGAAGGCAGGAAGACGCCUAGGGCAAUCUCGUUUGAGAGGAACAGGCGACCCAACAAAAGCCUCUCGGCCCUGGCAACGGCAAGCACGCCUGACUUGCGGAGCACGGCGGGGGCUCAGGGUAGCAAGGGACGCCGACGCUUCACCGGGCACCAUCGCCCUCCACCACCGCUGCCCAUCAUCGCUGGCUCGGUGGGGCGCUCAUCGGCAGAAAGCGGCGCCAGCGGGCGUGCUCGCAGUAAUAGUGAGCCUCCUUCCCCCACCCAACUCCUCUCGGUGCAGGGUCCCAGCGACGACGCUCAGGGUGGGCCCCGAACACCAGCUCUCGACCCAAGCACCAGCGGCUCGUCCCUGUCUUCAGAGGAGAGCAGCCUUCGUUCCUCCCUCGACCUGGAUACGGUGCUGCGUCAAGGUCGCGAGUUGGAGGAGGAGCGACAAGCCUGGCGCCGAGAGUUUGACCAGAGUAUCGAAGGGCGAGGCACAGUCAGUGGUACGGGGAGCGGAGGUCGUUCUCCCUCCUGUCUCGGCGGAGGCGAAGCGCAUUCUUCGUCCCCGACUCUCCCGUCCCCACGAGCAAGAGACCUCAUGUCUCGGUACGAGCUUUUCCAGGCCGGACCGGUGAGUGAGACCGGGGCGAAGAAGCGAUUCACUAGAGCUUCUUCCCGCCUGCUAGGUGUGGGUGGCGGGAGGCACAGUGGGCUCCACGAGCCCGUGCAGGGUAGCCCGCCACGACGCUCACCAGAUGAACAGCAGGAGAGUAACGGUUCGAGUACAAGGAAAAGGUUCUUGAGAUCAAGCAAAAGUUCUCCGCAGAUGAGGGAGAAGGCCAAGGAGCAGAAGAAGAAGGUUACCAUUCUGGAGCCGGAAAGCCAAGACAGCCCGUCUCGCCGACCAAAGACUACGGUCUCUCCGUCUCAGCAAGCAGCACCGAAACUUCCACCGCUCGAGCCCCUGCAGAGCCAUUUUGAGGACUCAUCAGACGGAGCUCACGGUACACCUACGCAAAGGUCGACGCGGGAGCGCCUCACAAGCUUGAAGAGUAAUACGCGCCAGCUCCGCAGUCCAGCUUUGGGGUCGGAGACCACAGCGACGCCAACAGCAGCGGAGCGACGAAGCGCUAAUCUGGUCACGCCACAGCCCGUAGUCAUCGCUGCUGCGCCUCCACAAGAGGCUGCGCCGACGACUGCGACGGCUGAUGCGACUCGUGACGCUGCUGCCACUCCAUCGCACAAGUCCACAGCGAGCCAGGACGAUCCACGCCGACUUGCUCUGCGUAACAGCGGUAGUGCCAGUGGCGUCGGCAGAGGGUCGAGCAGCGAUGAGAAACGACGCUCGGAGUCGACGCCUACCCCUCCAUCACCGUUGAGGCGCCCUUCGCUCGGAUUUUCGUCUAGCCGUAGAGGGUCGACAAGUAGUAGUGCCGGGGCACGACGCAGGCAUGGCCUUGGUGGGAGCUCGAGGCCUUCCUCUCCUCCACCGCCACACCCGCCUCCAGAUGCGCCUCUGCCUGCCCUUCCCUCAUUCGCGGCCGCUGCGGCUAGUCAGCAAGCCACUCCCUCGCCACCGCCAGCACUCGGCCUUGCAAUUUCCGGCGCAGCUACGUCAGGCGAUUCAAAGCUCCUUUCCUCAACACCUCCACCACUACGACUUCACAAGUCCAGCCCAUCCAAUCCGGCUCUGCGCUCCACAACACUCCCUUCCCCAACUUCCCCCAUCCGUCGCAAGCCUGUACCUGCUCUGCACAUCGAGGGGCAGGACUUUGUCCUGGCAGGGCCGAGCUCGAGUAGAAGCGUGCCGUUGGAGCGUGACCUCGGGUCGAGGGAUACCACGCUCAGCACGACGCCACAUUCUGCUGGCCUCCCAACGUCGACGACCAUGCACACAUCUGGAAGCAGCACGGCCGAGUGGGUAUUGCACGCCGAUGCCGGCGAGCCGCGUCUUGCUUCCUCUUCGGGCGAAUCGCUUCCUGUGCUUCGAAGUGCGACGCAAAGGCCCGGAAUGUGGCUGAGAAGGCACCGAUCGGACAUGGCUGUUCAGACUGGCUCAGAGCGAGGGGGAAGGGAGAUCCUCGUCUUCACGCCGACUGACAGUGGGACUACCCCAUCUCCUCACCAACAGCUGGGAGUCCUUGACGGCCAGCCAGGGCUGUACUCGGCCUCUCCAUCAUCUCGUCAUUCGCUACUCACCGAAGAUGCAGAGGAGGAGGAGCCUCGCCCGACCGAGCGAAACCCUCGUGGACGCCGCCAGGACAGUAGUGGCGGCGGCGGUGUUGUGAGCCAUUCGGCUGCCUCGAGUAUCAGUCGCGGUACCGGCUCUGCGGCGUAUGAGCUGUGGGAUGCCGACAGGGAGGAUGUGGUUGGAGACAAUCUGUUCUUGCAGAGGCUGAGGUCGAUCAGGAGUCGUGGGGAGAUGGCUCCGCAUAGAGGGCAGGGGGAGGGGGGAGGGGCGAAGGCAGGGGAGGCAGAGCAGAAGGGGCGUCAAGGCGACGUUGGCGAAGAGGCUUCUGCUGCGCCUCGGGAAGGUAGUGGGAGGGAUGAGAGUGGCAGCACUUCUCGCAGCGGUGGCCGAAGUAGCAGUGGUGGUAUUAAGCGCUGGUGGAAGCCGCGCUAG